AUGUGGACCUCGAUAGCUAAGAAAAGACUUCCCCGCUCCAUUCUAACAGCAUCAACUAGCAAGCGCUUGCUGCAAAAUACCAAAAAGACAGCGUUGUCCAAUAUUUACAAACAGAAGAACCCCUACUUGACUCAUAAAGCGAGCGCACCAAAAUUCGUCAAAUUAAUCAGAAUGAGCGGUAGCGAGUUAAAUACUAAGCAAGAGGCGCCCUCCAUUUCAAGGCCUAUCGUUUGGGUUGAUUGUGAGAUGACUGGUCUAGAUCACGUAAACGACCACAUCAUCGAAAUCUGCUGCAUCAUCACAGAUGGAGACUUGAACAUCAUUGAUGAGGCCGGGUACGAGAGCGUUAUACACUGCGACAAGAAGAUCAUGGACGCUAUGAACGAGUGGUGCAUAGACCACCACGGCUCUAGCGGUCUCACGCAAAAAGUGUUGGACUCUACAAAGACUACGGGGCAAGUUGAAGAAGAGUUGCUCGCCUAUUUGAGAAAAUACAUCCCUGCAGAGCGCAAGGGUGUCCUCGCGGGGAACUCGGUCCACAUGGACCGAGUAUUCAUGAUGCGAGAGUUCCCAAAGGUCAUUGACCAUCUGUUUUACCGAAUUAUCGAUGUGAGCACCAUUAUGGAGGUCUCAUUCAGGCACAACCCAGACCUAGCGUCUGUAUUCCCGCGUAAGAAGGGUGCGCACACGGCCAGGGCUGACAUACUGGAAAGUAUCGCGCAGCUCAAAUGGUAUCAAGACCACUAUUUGAAGAACAGUAGCGAAACGCAGGAGUUUGUUGAAGGGCGCAGAAGAGAGAUGGUUAUAGAGGAAGUUGCGCAGUCUGUCGCCUCCGCUACUACUACCGUCGGAAAAACGGCCGAAGAGGCUGCUGGGAAUCCUCCCACCAAUGUCACAGACACCGCCGCUGCAGCAGCAAAAAGAUCUUCCACCGAUACAGAGCUACCUCUCAAAAAGCAGAAGCUCGACUAA